GUUUGCUCUCUGUUGGAUAAAGGAAUAUACAGCCGUGCACUCCUCCAUUUUCUCUCUUUCCUGGAAAGCUGCUGUAUCAUCCUUCCCUUCAUUCUACAUUUCCUCUUUGGGGUUUGAUCAUUUUUUUCAGACUCUCUUGUACCUUUAUUCUCCCCCAUUAUAUAUAAUAUUUAGUUUCUUUUAUCCCUUUUUUCUUUCAUCUUGUAGAUCUGCCCUGCCUUCUGUAAACCAUCUAUUACCCUCCCUCUAACCUUCCCCAGGUCAUUUCUCUGUGUCUUGCACUCUCCAACUGGUAGCAUGUCUACCCCGGUCUCUCCAUCUCCAUCUCUCUCUCCCCUGGCCCUGUCCUCCCCAUCUCCCUCCUCUUGCCCGCUCCCCUCUCCUCUCUCUCCUCCACCCAGGCUGCCAGUCUUCCAGAGGAAGGGAGCACUUAAACACAAGAGGGUCAUCGAAGUGAAGGACCACCAGUUCACUGCCCGGUUCUUUAAGCAACCCACUUUCUGCAGCCACUGCACUGACUUUAUCUGGGGAAUUGGAAAGCAAGGAUUCCAAUGUCAAGUCUGCAGUUUUGUGGUGCACAAACGCUGUCAUGAGUUCGUCACUUUUACUUGUCCUGGAGCUAUCGCUGCACCUAAAGCAGAGGACCUCAAGAGCAAACACAAAUUUAAAGUGCACACAUACUCCAGUCCUACCUUCUGUGAUCACUGUGGAUCUCUACUCUAUGGCCUCAUUCAUCAGGGCAUGAAGUGUGUCAGUUGUGACAUGAACGUACACAAGCGCUGUGAGAACAGUGUCCCCAGCCUGUGUGGUCAAGACCACACUGAGAAAAGAGGACGGAUUCAACUGACCGUGCGUGGAGAGAAGGAGGACAUAUAUGUUACUGUGCAUGAAGCACGUAACCUCAUCCCCAUGGACCCUAACGGCCUGUCAGACCCUUAUGUGAAGCUCAAACUCAUCCCUGAUCCAAAGAGCCAGAGCAAACAGAAAACCAAAACCAUCCGUUCUACACUCAACCCUAUCUGGAACGAGAGUUUCACCUUUUCAGUGCGUGGGAGGCAGUGGGACAGGCGUUUGUCUGUAGAGGUCUGGGACUGGGAUCGUACCUCACGAAAUGAUUUCAUGGGUGCUCUGUCGUUCGGUGUUAGUGAGAUAUUCAGACGAUCUGUCAGCGGCUGGUUCAAGCUACUUAACCAGGAUGAGGGAGAGUAUUAUAACAUCCCUGUACCUGACCCAGACCUGCAGGUGCCAGAUGCUGCUCUCUCACCCUCUGUUCUUCUUGAUCCUGCUACCGUGACAACACCCGUUCCUACUGUGAACCCGCCUGCUUUGAGCCCGACUCCCUCUGUAAUGCAGACGAGCAAAGGCCGAGCCGGACUGCAUGAUUUCAACUUCCUCAUGGUUCUAGGCAAAGGGAGUUUUGGCAAGGUCUUAUUGGCAGAGGAGAGGGGGAGCGAGCGCCUGUUUGCGGUGAAGGUGUUGAAGAAAGAUGUACUUUUUCAGGAUGAGGACACAGAGAGUGCCAUGGUGGAGAGAAGAGUGCUGGGCCUAACAGGACGCCCUCACUUCCUGACCUCUCUGUACUUCGCCUUUCAGACUGAGGAUCGUCUGUAUUAUGUCAUGGAGUAUGUGAAUGGUGGUGAUCUUAUGUUUCACAUCCAAAUUGUGGGGAAGUUUAAAGAACCGCAUGCAACGUUCUAUGCUGCUGAGAUAGCGGUGGGUCUUUUCUUCCUGCACAGCAAUGGCAUCAUAUACAGAGAUCUAAAGCUGGACAAUGUCCUGCUGGACAGUGAAGGACACAUCAAAAUCGCUGACUUUGGGAUGUGCAGGGAAGGCAUGAUGGAGGGGGAAACCACCCGCACCUUCUGUGGCACACCUGAUUACAUCGCACCUGAGAUUGUGGCAUAUCAGCCGUAUGGUAAAGCAGUAGACUGGUGGUCAUAUGGAGUUCUCCUCUACGAGAUGCUGGCUGGGCAGCCUCCUUUUGAUGGGAUAGAUGAGGAGGAGCUGUUUCAGUCCAUCAUGGAACAGAGCGUUUCAUAUCCAAAGAGUCUCUCUCGGGAGGCUGUGGCCAUCUGCAAAGGGCUCCUUACUAAGAACCCUGCUAAGCGUUUAGGUGGAGGACAGGAUGCUGAGAGAGAGUUACGGGAGCAUCCUUUCUUCCGCUGGAUAGACUGGGACAGGCUGGAGAGACUUGAGAUACAGCCUCCCUUCAAACCCAGAAGUGGAGGCAGAAAAGGAGAAAACUUCGAUAAGUUUUUCACAUCUGCCCCUUCUGCUCUUACGCCCUCUGACCCGGAUGUACUCGCAGCCAUCAGUCAAGAGGAAUUCCAGGGCUUCUCUUACAUCAACCCGGAAUUUCCCCCUUCUCCACUCACAGCUGUCUGAGAAAACCAAAAUGGAACAGUAACUACAGUAACCAAAAACACCAUCACAUUCUAAAACACUACUGCACUAAUAUUAAGGUGACCCAUCUUAACAGCACAAUCACUAGCAUUAAAAAUACAAGGAACAAAGCAUUAUUACUAUUUUUAUGUUUCCAGUUGACUCAGUCUGAACUUGUUAGGGGUUAUCUCAUUGGACUAUAGGGUCUCUUUGGGUAUCCCUUUGGAUGCUAGUAGUUGCCGUUCCAUAGGAUGAACACAAUAUCCCCCAUGUUUUGAAGUUCACUUUAAGCUGAUUAUUAUUGUGAAUUAUUAUGAAUUUCAAGUACUGCAAAUCAACAAAUGUGGUUCUGCUUGAAUUUGCAAGAGAUCCUGUUUUUUCUAGUUUGCUUUAUUUAACCAAAUAUUUGCUGUCAGGAGAAUAAACACUGGUAAUCCUCUCAGAAUCUAGCUACUUGUAUGCAGUAGAAACUGUGCAUAUGAUUUAGAAGUAACAUACAUGAGCGCUAAAUAAAAAACAUCAUUAUUUCUGUAGCAUGUAAUCAUGUUUGUGACAGGAGUGUUAUAGAUUAUAAUUCUCUGUAGAUGCAUCAGAAUUCAAUACAAAUAUGACAAUAAUACUUUGCAUUGUCUUAGUAUGUUACAAAUAUGAGUGUUUGGGUUGAGUGCUCCCUGAUUAUUAAAACAAAUUACUGUAUGAAAUUUGCAAAUUAAGAUAUCUAUUAUUUAUUCCAUAUAUUGGUAGGUAUAUCUAUAUAAAGUAUGUGCAGUGUAUUAUAAAGUAUACAUUUUAACGUCUAUUCAUAAUUACAUUAAAUAUAGUACAUCAAAAAAUUCCUGUUAAAUCUUUUCAAAUCACUUUCACAUCAGCAUAAAAUAACUGUUCAUGUCAUCAUAAUAUGUUACAACCUCUAGCAUCAAGAAAAGGCAGCCUCGGCUGUUAUUAACUAAAUAUUUGAUUUAUUUAUAGUGCAAAAUACAGAUACAGUUUGAAAUACUACUACUAAUAUUAUAACAUUGACCUCAAAUCAGUUCAUCCUGCAGGAUACUUUAAAAAUAUUUUAAAAUAAAUUAACUGGUGUGAAGUGUUUCAUCUUUCUUGUUAAAUGAAAAUGUAAAUGUUAUGAAUGUAAAUCUUUUUAUAAAUGUAAAUGUAAAUGCUUUUUAUAUUACCGAAUUGACCUCAAAUCAGUUCAGCCUGCAGGAUCUCUUAUUUAUAGAUUAAUUUAUUUUGUGGAGUGUUUCAGCUUUAUAGGCAUUUGUUUUGACACUGAUAUGAAUAUGGUUAUUUGGAUUCAGUGGGGUCUUUGAGAUAAGCAUGUAGUUGUCUUGCAUAUUCAAAAUCAUGAUGCCUGACCUGGAAGGACAUGAGUCUGCACGUCGUGCCAAAACUGUCCAUCUAAUGCAACAUGCAAGUUGCACUGACAACAAAAAUACUGGCAACAGCAAAGGAGUAUCCUUUAGUUUUUUUAGUUUGUUUUUUUAGUACAAAAAAGGAGAGGAGAGAAGAGGCAAAGUGAGGACAGGUUAGGAGAAUAAAGAUGUGUAAACGGAGGGUGGAUGAAAGAAACAAAGUGGAACAAAGAAUGGAGGUAAAGGAAAUGGUAUGUUUAUGCUAAGUGUGUAAUGCUCAUAGCACAACUGUAAAAAAGAAAAAAAGAAGAAAAAAAAAGAAAAGAGGAAUCCAAUGUGUGUUUUGAUUAUACUGUUAUAUUCAUUUUUCUAACAUUUAUCGAUUGUAAGUUCGGGUAUCUUUAGGGUAUCAUGUCCAUCAUCUCUUGCAUUUGUAACAAAUUAGAAUAGAUGGCUUUUUAAUUAAAAAUGU